AUGAAUACCGCAGAGUCUGUACCUAAAAACCCUUCUUCUUGUUCUAUGAGUCCUCUAAACCUUGAGGAGUUCAGGAGGCAAGGUUACAUGGCCAUUGAUUUUAUUGCAGAUUAUUAUCAGAACAUUGAGAAACACCCAGUUUUAAGCCAAGUUAAACCAGGUUAUCUCAAAAAUCUCUUUCCAAAAUCAGCCCCAUAUAGUCCCGAGCCUAUUGAAACAAUCCUCCAUGAUGUGCAAAAACAUAUUGUUCCUGGCAUCACACAUUGGCAAAGUCCUAGUUACUUUGGAUAUUUCCCUUCAAGUGCUAGCACUGCAGGGUUCCUUGGCGAGAUGCUUUGUACUGGGUUUAAUGUUGUAGGAUUCGACUGGAUGUCAUCACCAGCUGCUACUGAACUGGAGAACAUUGUAAUGGAAUGGCUUGGAGAAAUGCUUACGCUUCCCAAAUGUUUUCUCUUCGCUGGAAAUGGUGGGGGGGUUAUACAAGGGACUACUUGCGAAGCCAUUUUGUGCACCUUAGUGGCUGCAAGAGACCGAAUGCUGAGCCAAAUUGGGAAAGACAACAUUGGUAAGCUAGUCGUCUAUGGCUCAAAUCAAACACACAGUGCACUCCAAAAGGCAGCACAUGUUGCAGGAAUCCAUAAAACGAACUGUCGAGCAAUAGAAACGACUAAAUCAACAUCAUUUGCACUAUCUCCAGAAUCAUUAAGAUUGGCUAUUUCUUUAGAUAUAGAAUCUGGGCUGGUUCCCAUGUUUCUAUGUGCCACCAUUGGGACAACUGCUACCACAGCAGUAGAUCCACUGAGACCAUUAUGCGAUGUUGCUAAUAGUUAUGGCUUAUGGGUACAUGUCGAUGCAGCGUACGCUGGUAAUGCUUGUAUAUGCCCAGAAUUCCAGCAUUUUCUUGAUGGCGUAGAGGGGGCACACUCAUUCAGUUUGAAUGCACAUAAAUGGUUCUUUACCACUUUGGAUUGUUGUUGCCUUUGGUUAAAAGAUCCAAAAGCUCUUACGAAGUCCCUCUCGACAAAUCCCGAGUAUCUUAUGAGUAACCAUGCAACUAAUUCAGAACAAGUGGUGAACUACAAAGACUGGCAAAUAGCCCUUAGCCGAAGAUUUCGAUCCAUGAAACUAUGGCUUGUCUUGAGAAGCUAUGGUGUUGGUAACCUUAGAAGCUUCCUAAGAAGCCAUGUCAAAAUGGCCCAGCUUUUUGAGGAUCUUGUAGCCAGUGACAAAAGAUUUGAGGUUGUGGUUCCUAGAAACUUCGCAAUGGUGUGUUUUAGAGCUUUGCCACUGGCAAUAAGUAAAGAGGUGUCUGAAAAUGGCAUGGCUGUUAAUGGUCAGAAAAUCUCAUAUGACCAGGAAUGCAGUAACCAGCUUAACCAGGAGCUGUUAAAGUCAAUUAAUGCUUCAGGUCAUGUGUAUCUGACUCACGCUGUUGUUGCUGGGCUCUACAUCAUACGAUUUGCUGUCGGGGCAACGCUUACAGAGGAUCGGCAUGUUUUCACGGCUUGGAAGGUGGUGCAAGAGCAUUUAGAUGCGAUAACAGGCAUGUAG